UUUAGUUGGAUAUUCACAAGUUGUCGAGACACCCAACCGUGCGGUCGAACGCUCGCUCACGCAACGUCGCGGUACUGUCCGCGUUCUCCGUGCACCGACAGAGAGAGAGAGAGAGAGACAGACGGCACACGCGCACACCACACCGCGGUCCGUCACGUCGUGAGUCAUUGUUGUGUUGACAGUCGGAGCGGGCUGUGGUCCUCGCGCGACACACCGUGUGCGGUCGCUUUUUCGACGCGGAGAGCAUCGGCGAGCGCCGACGUGUCUUCUGCGCCUCGGCCGAUCGCGGUCAACGGCGGCUACUGUGCGCGUAAGCUACGAGUAUUGUUCGCAGAGUGUCGUCGGCUGCUGUGGGUGCGCGGUACAUCGGGUGCGUCGCGAACGACGUGUCAGUGAAGCCGAGAUAGAGACAGACAGACAGAGAGAGAGAGAGAGAGACACGAUAGAGGCGGCGUGUGUGAAAGAAGACAGUCAUCGCGGCUGAAUUUUUGCGUAUAAUCGCUCGCUCGCUCGCGCGCGCGCGCGCGCGGUUAUGUAAUCGCCGUCAUAGCGCGAAGUGUUCGCACGACGUAGUAGACAGACAGAGAGAGAGAGAGGGAGGGAAGAGGGAAGAAGAAGGCAGGGAAGAAGAAAGAGGCCUACCAGCGUAGUCCACGACGUGCAGCGAGAGCGCGCGUGGUUGACGGGCGGAAUCGAAUAUUUCGCGAGCGAAUUUCCUCGACGGUUCGAUCGGCCCGGUCGGAGCCUGUUCGCGCUCUUCCACGCGGAGCCGUGGAUCUGCCGCUUGCAGGGAGAGAGAGAGAGAGAUCCGGUUGCGCGCGUCGGCUCGCCGACGGCCAGCAGCAGCAGGAAAAGCUACCCGCGACUAUUCCAUCGACUGGCGGUUCGUCAGGCCGGCGGCAUCGAUGGUGCGCAGCCAGACGAUGGAGCCGACGUUCUACGAGGACGGGAGCGCCUACGGGAUGGUGAGUCGCGAGAACAACGUGGGCCAGCUGAAGCGUAAUCUCACGCUCGACCUGAACGGCUGCCAGCGACAGGGUCCGCAGGCGAAGAGGCCACGACUGGUGGGUCCGUUGCCGUCGGCGCUCAACAACGUGACGCCGACGAUCCUGGGCUCGCCGGACCUCAACAUGCUGAAGCUCGGCUCGCCCGAGCUCGAGAAGCUGAUAAUGGCGCAGCAGGACGGGCUGGUCACCGGCCUGCCGACACCGACGACGCAGAUCCUGUUCCCGAAGACGGUGACCGAGGCGCAGGAGCUGUACGCCCGCGGCUUCGUCGACGCGCUCAACGAGCUCCACCACUCGGACAGCUCGCAGGAGCCCGGCAGCACUCACGGCGCGACCUACACCACCCUGGAGCCGCCCGGCAGCGUGCAGAACAGCACCGACUCCUCGAGCACGAUGAGUCAGGGUCUGGUGCAGGUGAAGGACGAGCCGCAGACGGUGCCGAGCGUGUCGAGCUCCCCGCCGAUGUCGCCGAUCGACAUGGAGAACCAGGAGAAGAUCAAGCUGGAGAGGAAGCGGCAGAGGAACCGCGUGGCCGCCUCCAAGUGCCGGCGGCGCAAGCUCGAGCGCAUCUCCAGGCUCGAGGACAAGGUCAAGGUGCUGAAAGGCGAGAACAACGAGCUCACCGCGGUCGUGGUCAAGCUCAAGGAGCACGUGUGCCGGCUGAAGGAGCAGGUCAUGGACCACGUGCACUCCGGCUGCGCGAUCAUGAUCAACGAUCAUCAGAACAGCCAGCAGUUCUGAAGCUCUCUCCUGCUUACCCGGGCGCGACGACGCUGCGACGCACCGCCCUCGGUUGACCCCCCGUGUCCCUCGUCCCCUCGCCUCGUCGUGUACUUGAGGGCUGACGCGGAGGAGGGAACGUUGGACCACAGCCGGCGUUUUCGAUUCCUCUCGGCGACCGGCGGAUGAAGGAAACGCGCGAACACACGGACGGCUUGUUAUUUCGCGCUCUCCUCGGGGGAUGUUCUCUCUUUCCGGUGGCCCCGACGUGGUUCCUUCCCACUUGGGACUGGGAAGGCGGCAGCGGAGGAAGCUGUUCGUUUGUUGACGUCGUUGGACGGAGCGAAGACGAGCUCUUCGGGAAGAGCAACUCUCCGACGUCAGCCGUGCGUUCUAGCAGGAAACGCUAGUGGAAGCUUCGGCGGAGGAGAGAGAGGGGGGGGGGGGGAAAGAGGAAGGACACAAGGGGAAUCGGCUGAUCAUCUACGUUCACGGGUUUCUCUGUAAGUUCUUUUGUGACGUGAC